AUGUCAUCUUUUGUUUUGCAUACAGAAGCUCCAACAGAAACUUCGAGACAUCCAAAACAAAUGAUAGAUAAACCUAGCAGAUAUUCAACUGUAACUGAAAGUCGUGUAUGGAGCCAAACAUCACAGUCAAAACUCCCUACUCAGCGCAGAUGGCUAAACGCUUCUCAUUGGCAAAACCUAUGUCAUGAGUCGAUGACUCUUUUCAAUGCCAACCAUGCAGUCCAAGGCUUAGUAAUUCAGCAUAUUAUACAACAAUCGGUGAAAAACGAAUUGGAUAUAACCCCGACUAUGACAGGGACGUUCAAGGCUACACAGCAGGUGAAAAGUGGUAAGCCAGCUUGUAUUGAUGAUAUCCCACAUGAGACCUGGAAACAUCGAGGUCAAACAUUUCUUUCACGAGCUCGUUCUGUGAUGUUGGGAAAAAGGCGAACUUCUACCAAAUCUCCAUGGUACACUCAUUAUUGCCUUAUGUAA